AUGGAGCUCAGGGGGGAAGUAGCGUCGCAACAUCUGACGGCGAUGGUGAAGGCGAGGAAGGCGAGUACCCAAAUAGCAGAAUUGCAGACGGCAAGUGGAGUGGCAGCCGACUCACAAGGGAUACUUCGGGCGGCUUCUGAAUUCUUCGCCGACAUCUUCGGAAAGGACCGUUGUCAGCUGGAGGAGAAAUGGUGCCCUGACAAGGAUAAAACUCUGCGGUCAUGGGAAGCAGCGGAGUUGUCAGCGGAUUGGACGGAAGAGGAGGUGAAAAGUGCGUUUCGCGCAAUGGCGGCGAACAAGUCCCCAGGCAAAGACGGGUUGCCUAAGGAGCUGUUUGAAGCCCACUGGGAUCUGCUGGGGAAAGGCUUCAUGGCUCUCGCCAAAGACUUUGCGAAAACCGCGGUGCUUUCGUCGGAGGUGAAGGAAGCGGUGACGAUCCUGCUGCAUAAAAAGGGGGACAAGGAUCAAAUCAAUAACUACCACCGGAUCACCCUGCUCAACUUCACAUACAAGGUGCUAGCGCGGGUUAUGGCUGACAGAAUGAAAAAGUACCUGGGGAGGGUGAUAUCGCCGGAGCAAUAUGGAUUCCUUCCGGGAAGGCGGCUGACGGAUGCAGUGGGGCUUGUCACCGACAUCAUUGACUCUGCGCGGAAUGAUAAUGAGGAUUGGUUCCUCUUGCUGGUGGACUUUAAGAAAGCCUUCGACUCCGUCUCACGCGGCUAUCUCUUCCGGACGAUGAGGGCGAUGGGUUUCCCGGACCGAUUUGCGAAAUGGGCGGAGGGCCUGCAUGCAGGAAUGCAAACAAGGCUGUUAGUCAAUGGGUGGCUGGGUGAAGGAGUGGAAGUGGUCUCCGGAGUACGCCAAGGCUGCCCUCUCGUGCCUUACCUAUUCCUAUGCGCGGUUGAGCCGUUGGCGCAAAUGGUACUCAAGAAGAAGAUGGGCAUCAGCAAAGCAAAUGAGUGA